CCGCACCAGACAGAGUAAAGACGCAAACAGCAUUCAGGAGCAAUUUGUUUAAAUUCCCAGGCAUGCGACAAGAAACAAGCCUCUGUUAUCAUUAACUCUCUAUCAUCACACCAAUCCAUCAGCUCUUCAUUCAACCUCAAUAACAUUCAAUAGACCAUCAAGAUGGGUGCUACUUUCAUCGAUAUCGACCCUCGCACUCCGCUGCUCAAGCAACUCGAAGAAUGCCCUGAGGCCGGCUCCUGCGUGCUCGUUAAUACUUUCCAUAUUCCGGCCGGUAAAAUGGACGAGGCAUUCGCUGCUUGGAAGAUCGAUGCCGACCUGGCAAAGAAGCAGCCUGGCUUCAUCUCAACCCAACUUCACCGGGGCGUCAACGGCAGCGAUAUGAUGCUCAACUACGCUAAUUGGGAGUCGACUGCGGCCCUGAAGGCAUUCUAUGACCUUCCUGAGUUCAAGUCCUCCCUCGAGAACUACCCCGAUGGAACCGAAUGCCGCAUUGCUAUCUACCGCAAGCAGCACAUUGACGGUGUUUGCCUUGCCUAACUCACAGGCCAAGAAAUCUCCCGCAAUCCGGUGACGCUUCUUACGUUGGGUUAUCCAUUCCACUACCGAUAAACAUGAUCAUGUGCUAUCA